AUGCCGGAAUACCUUAUUAAAGGAAUUAAAGUGCGGUUUCCUUACGACGCCUAUAGCUGUCAAAAAAUUCUAAUGGAAAAGCUUAUUACUAGUUUGCAGUCAAAUACAAAUGCGCUGCUUGAAAGUCCAACAGGGACCGGGAAGACACUAUCUCUGUUAUGUGCCGCCCUUGCUUGGCGAGAAGCCUAUAUGGCACGUCAGCAGCAUGAGUAUUACGUGAGGGAAAAUAAAAAGCCCGAUAAAUUUAAUAAAGAACUGCUGGAUACUUUGAAUGCUGCAGUUUCUAUUUCGCCAAAUUCAGAAAAUUAUUCGCGGCCACCUCCAGUAAUAUAUUAUGCUUCCCGAACGCACUCUCAACUGUCUCAGGCUAUUAACGAGCUAAAGACCACAACCUAUAAGCACGUAAUUUUUUUAAAUAUAAUUAAAUCUAAUGCCGCGCUAACGGCUGUAUGUCGUGACAAGGUUAAGAAAAAACGAUGUCAGUAUAUACAAGGGGUUGAUGCUGCCAAAAUUCUACCAGACUUUGAUGGUGAAGUUUUGGACAUUGAAGAUCUUGUUAAGUUUGGCAAAAAAAACACGGCAUGUCCUUAUUUUCUUUCCCGAGAAAAUCAAAAUAGCGCCGACAUCAUUUUCCUUCCAUACAACUAUCUAGUCGAUGCAAAUUCGCGUAAAGCUCAGAAUCUUAAUUUGGACAAUGCUAUUUUAAUAUUUGAUGAAGCGCAUAAUCUUGCAAGGAUUUUUGAAGAUCUUUUAAAAGUAAUCAAUGAAGUGAAUUUUCCAUAUACGACCAAUGAAAUCAAUAAACCUGGGGAAUGGAUAUAUGAAUUAUUUGAAAAGGCGAAUUUAAAUUCCGAGACUUUUGGUCAUGUGCACAAUAUUAUGGAGGCCGCACAUGAAGUCCUUACGACAGCUAUUUCAAACAAGAAACUCAACAGUUAUGCAACGCACCAUCUACUGACUUCUUUAAAAAUCCUGUUCGGGGAUACCUUGGGGAAUAAUAAGGCUGAGAGGGCGAAUAAUACAAAAUAUUACAAAGUACACAUAUCUCGUGAGCAAGCAGCAGCAUCAUUUCCGUCGUCAUUACUUGGCAAAAGUUCAUACAGAAAAAAGACACAAGCACCAAAAAGAACAUUGAGCUUUUGGUGUUUUAGCCCGGGUCUCGCAAUGAAGGAUUUGACUGGCAGAAAUUGUCGGUCCAUUAUUCUUGCUAGUGGAACAUUAGCGCCGUUACCUUCCUUUGCUGCAGAACUACAGAUCGAUUUUAAAGUACAAUUCGAGGGACCUCAUGUUAUAUCCUCAGAUCAGGCAUUUGUUGGAAUAAUAAAAAAAGGACCAACUGGGAUCGCGCUAAAUUCAAGUUACAAUUCACGGAGCAAUGCAAAUUAUCAACAAGAGUUAGGAAGGACAAUAGUCAAUUUCAGUCGGUUUAUUCCUGAUGGUUUAAUUGUUUUCUUUCCUUCUUAUGGGGUAAUGAAUGAUUGCAUUGAAAAUUGGAAGCGCCCAAUAGUAGGAAGUAAUCCACGUAUUUGGGAUAUGCUAACACAAAAUAAAGAACUGAUCAUCGAACCAAAAAACAAGCAAGAAUUUGUUAAAACAAUGACACUUUUUCACAAAACAAUUUCGGAACAAGGACGAGGGUCUAUCUUCUUUGCAGUCUGUCGUGGAAAGGUAUCAGAAGGCAUUGACUUUACGGACGCCAGAGGCAGAGCCGUUAUCAUCACUGGUAUUCCAUACCCGCCAUUUCGUGAUCCAAAAGUUAUCUUAAAGCGCGAAUAUUUGGACAGCACGCGUAAGCAGAGUUGCAAUAAGUCAAAGUUCGUCUCUGGAGACGAUUGGUACAAACAACAAGCUACUCGAGCUGUCAAUCAAGCUUUGGGAAGAGUGUUACGCCAUAAGAAGGAUUAUGGGGCUAUACUUUUGUGUGAUGAGAGAUUUGCUGCUUCCCAUAUUAUUGCUCAAUUACCAAUAUGGGUUCGAUCCCUAGUUACGGUUUACGAAAACUUUGGUCAGAUGCAUGGAUUGAUUCAUAAUUUCUUUCAAGAAAUGAAUCUUAAAAUGGGCGGAAUAAAUAUCAAGAAGACUGACAAACGAAGUUCUUUUACUACAUCCGCUACAUCUAUUCAUCUGGAUCAACUAUCGGUUCGCACAAAUAAAAAUUCAAAAAAUGAGCAACCAUCAUUAGCUCAUAAUAAAAGGCUAAAGCAUCAAAGGAUCGAAUAUGAAUCAGAAAUUGUUACCACAUCUACUACUAGUAACCUAAGAUCAUCAUCAUCGCAAACAAGUUCCAGGAAAAAAUCAAAAUUUGAUGAAAACGAAUCUUGGAUGUCGACGUCAACUGUCAAAAGUGAGAGUAGUAGUGCUAACACUGCUGGUAGUACGACAUCAAGUUCUUUGCACACUGCCCAAUUCACAAGCAAGAAAGUGGUUAAACGCAAUGCACUUGGUAUGCUCGUUGAAAAGAAAUCUGGCUCUUGA